CACACUCGCAUCCCAGGCAGAACCCUCGCCGCCUCCGCCGCCGAUGACGUCCGUGCGCAGCUGUGCCGCGUCGUUAACCCCGUCGAUCCGCGGGAUGUCGGGGCUGGUCCGGCAGGAGGCACUGCGGCGCGAGCUGGACGGGUGCCAGCUGCUGGCGGGCAUCUGGUGCCACGGGUUCACGGUGGCGCAGCUGCGGAGCAUCCGCGCGUCGCUGCCCGACGCGGCGCGGCUGGUGGUGGCGAAGAACUCGGACAUGGCGGCGGCGGUGGCGGGCACCCGGUGGGAGGCGCUGAGGCCGUGCGCGCGGGGCAUGAACGCGUGGCUGUUCGUGCGCUCCGACGAGAUCCCGCCGGCGCUCAAGCCCUACCGCGACUUCCAGAAGGAGUGGAAGCUGCAGCUCAACGACUUCACCGGCGCCGUCUACGAGGGACGGCUCUACGGGCCCGACGACUUCGCGCAGCUCGAGAACAUGCCCACCAGGGCGCAGUCCUACCAGUACCUCCUCGGAUGCCUGCAGAUGCCCGCCGUCAACGUCCUCGCCGUCCUACGGGCGCGUCAGGAGGCACUGUCCGCGGAGGCCGACAAGCCGCCCGCCGAGGGGGAGGGGGAGGCGGCCGCGCCGGCUGAGAAGUGACCCGUCGACAAGGUCUCUUGCCGCUCGUCUCACUCUGCCUCUGCCUCUGCCUUGUUGUAUGGUUUUGCAGCUGCGGCUUGGCUUAAAGGAAGGUCCUUUUUUCAGUCAGUCCCUCUUGUGCGCCUCAAAUUUGUUCAGUUCAGGAUACAUGUAGUAGGAAAACUGAUAUAUAAUACUACCAUGAACUCCAUUCUGGAAGUUGGACUGAUUUUUAA